AGAUUAAAAGUCUGCUCUGAGUAAUACUGUGUGACGGGCUUAUCCCACAGUGGGGGUGCACUACAAAUCAUUUUGCCUGGCUGCUCCAAAACCGCACAGGUCCUUUCUUCCCCUCUCACGCUCUGCAGUGUUUUCCCCACUGCCUGUCAAUCAUUCUCCCUCUCUCGCACCCUCCUGGCCAGCACAGUAACCAGAGGUCUCCAACAAGUUUGUGAAGCUGUAGUAAGAAUCUGAAGAAAUGGCUGCUGUUACCGGAACGUUCCGUAUGGUGUCAGAGGAGGAGCAGGCCCUUCGGGGCAAGCUGGAGCAUCUCACUGUGAAGGACCAUGGGCCUGUGUUCGGGCCCUGUGCCAAGCUGCCAGACCACACUGUGCAGAAGGCGAAGGACGAGCUUAACGAGACUGAAGAGAAACGCGUGUCCGCCGUAAAGGAGCUGCGCACCAUAAUCAAAGAAAACGCGGACAUUGAUGAUCUGACGAAAGGCGUGCACGAUACGUUUGGGGACAAACCCGACUCUCUCCUCCUGAGGUUCAUCCGCGCCCGAAAAAACGACGUGAACAGGUCCUAUGAGCUCAUGAAGGGUUAUGUGCGCUUCAGGCAGCAGUAUCCCGAGCUGUUUGAAAACCUGACCCCAGAAGCUGUGCGCAGCACCAUCGAGGCUGGCUACCCUGGCAUCCUACCAACCAGGGACAAGCACGGCCGUGUGGUGCUGCUCUUCAACAUCGAAAACUGGGACUAUGAGGAGAUCACCUUCGAUGAGAUCCUGCGCGCUUACUGUGUCAUCCUCGAGAAGCUUCUAGAGAACGAGGAGACUCAGAUCAAUGGCUUCUGCAUCAUCGAGAACUUCAAGGGCUUCACCAUGCAGCAGGCCUCUGGCAUCAAACCCACUGAGCUCAAGAAAAUGGUGGACAUGCUGCAGGACUCCUUCCCAGCCCGUUUCAAGGCAGUCCAUUUCAUCCAUCAGCCCUGGUACUUCACUACCACCUUCAACGCAGCCAAACCCCUCAUGAAGAGCAAACUGCUGGACAGGAUAUUCAUUCACGGCGAAGAGCUGGAUAACUACUUUAAGGAGUUCGAGGCCGAUAUCCUCCCGUCUGAUUUUGACGGGAAUGCCCCCAGUUAUGACGGCAAGGCAGCGGCUUCAAAGCUAUUUGGAUCUGAGGACACCGCCCUCUAAUCACUAUCCCCACAAAACAAUGCUGUGAUUCAUAGACUCUGGAAAAACACACAACAAUGUAUAGGAGAUUGUUACUUUUAGAGCAGGAGCACUCAACCCUGGUCCUGGAGGGUCUCUGAUUGUGAAUAUGCUUGAUUGGGGCUCCCCAGGACCAAAGCUGAACAGCUCACAUUUUAGAUGAUGUCUUAUGUAAGUAUUCAAGAUACCUUGUUGUUUUAAGAGGUUAAUUUAUGCCAUGCAGGUGUUCACAUAACAAAGUUGGACAAACCUUAGUAGAGGCUCCACUGUGUCUCCAAAACUGGCUAUAAACAUGGAAAAAGACAAAGAAGGAAAAGAAGGGACCUGGAUCUGGGACUCUUGGGUUGUAGGAAAGAGGGCAGGCAUUCCACAUAUCUUCAUCCCUCCACAAUAUUGUCCAAUAGUAUUAAUUCAACGUGGUAAGUGACACUGCAUGGGACCUCUUUCCCAACUGUUAAGUCUCACUGCAGGUUGGUUCUGAUAUGUUGAGCAAUCCUUGAUUUAGGACUCCUCUGUUCUUGUGUAGGUUUGCUUUGAAUGUGCACCUCUGACUGAUCCCCCUCCCCCUUCUGCUUGUUUUGAUGGAAUGUGGCAGUCCUGUCCGUAACAGGCCCAGUGCCUCCUGAAUCAUCACUUCCUGCUACACUGCAGGUAGAAAUAUGCAAAAUGAAGGCAAAAAAAUUUAGGACUUUUUUAUUGAUAACUGAAAAGCAGUAUUACCCCUGUUGUAUUUUCUGUAGUCUUAUAAGAGUGAUAUCAAAAAGAUGUCACAAAGACACAAUGUUUACAAUGAAAUGUUUAUAAAACCUGGUUAUCUGUACUUCGUAAAUGGUGAAUUUCAUUUGUUUCAAUUGAACCAUUUUUCUUUAAAGUGAACAUUCAACCUUAAAUAAUUAAUCACAAAGUAUUUCAUUUCCCUAAAUUAAAGCUGUAGUCAGAAACAGUAGAUUUGUUACCUGCGGGGUCUUUCCAUUAUCCCAUCAUAAAUCGCAUAUUGUAUUGCACAACUAUCACAGCACUGGUGUAUCAACCCUCCACAGAUUACAUAUAGUAUGAGUGAGUGGGAGUAGAACGGCAGUGGGCGAGGCAAGGUUAAUUCUGCUUUAAAAGCAGGAUAUAUAAGGUGAAUUCUAGUGCUCAUAACCACUGGAGUAAUUAUUCAUCCUAUAUAAAAAAAAAAACACUGCCAACAUGGACUAGAAAUAUUUGAUGGGCCACUUUCAGUAAAGUUUUGAUAUUUCCAUUUUGUUACUUCAUUUAGCAAGCCAGUUAAUUUCCCAUAAAUACAAUGAAUCAUUAUACUAUUUAACAGACUGAAAAACAACGGUGUUUUGAACUAACUUAUGCACUGUAGAGCAAUGCUUUUCACCAAGUUCGGCUGUCGUUUCCACAUAUUUUGGCCACCAGAGGGCUCUGUGGUUAUUUUUUCAGAUGUACAAAUGAGAAUUACAUAUAAAAACAGACCAAAUGCCUUUCUAGUACGAAAGCCUGAAGCCCUUGCUUUUUUUGUUGUUGCCAUGAUUCAACCUUCAACACAAAUUCCUUAUAGGUUAUAAGUGGGUUACUGCCAUUUUUAAAUGCAUGAGGAUUUUAAAUGAAAAAUAUAUAUUUCAAACUGCACAUAAAAUAAGAUCAGGAAAUAUCAUGAUCAUGUUUCCAACCCUCCUUCAUUACCAGUGGAGCUUCUUGGUAACAUUAAAGUCUUCAGGCUCACUGCAUACCACACCAAGGCUCAGUACGGAUGAAAUUGUCAUUCAUUAGAUAAGCUUCAUGAAUUACAACUAAUCUCAAGAAAAUCAUUUCUUUAUAUGAUUAUAUACAGCCUAAAAUUGGCUAUAUACAGACACUAUACCAGAAAACUUCCAAUUGGGCACCCAAACAGAUUCAGAUUAAUCACAAAUAAUUUCUUGGUAUCAUGAAGGUAGACAGAAUAAAAACGUGACACAAAUAUACAAGAAAAUAAUUUAUUUUGAAACACAAUUUUUUUUUUCCUUAAAAUAUUACAUCACUCACCAUUGUUUUUACCCCCCAACAAAACCACACAAGUGAGCUGGAUGUGUACUGUAAUGGUUACAACAGUGUCAAAUUAUAUUUUUAUGACCAAAAAAAUGAAGCAUACAUUUAUAUGUAUUGUAAACACAAAAAAAUUAAAGCUAUAAAUGUUAAUGGAGCAAACAAUGAUAAAAUAAAUCACUGUGUUUGACUCUGGAAAAACCCUGCUCCAAUACCUCAGUGAAAUCUGUGCUGAAAUUUGGAGAUGUCCAGGACAGUGCAGAAGGCGUUCUUAUUU